AUGGACCUCCUCUCUUCAGCUCAACCUACUACGCCCUCACCAGCGACUAACAUCGAUCCCAUGGAUAAACCCCAUCUCGCUGUCUCCGCGGACCACGCCCCCCUUUCCCCACCGGUCUCACCGACCUUUGCAGCUCCCACGUUUCCCCCCCGCGAUGCCAAAGUCAAUAAUUACAAGAAGCCCGACAAGACGCCGCGCUUUCCCCGCCAUCCAUGUCCAACAGCAAACUACACUCUCUCACUCCUCCGCUCACAGCACCAAGCCCAGCGUCUUUUCGGCGAUUCCUUCACGCUACGCAACCCCAUCACAGGAGAACUCCUCGGCCCCUUCGCUGUGCUCAGCUACACAGACGGCAGGAUCCCGCAAUACUGCAGCUACAUCCACUCCAUCGUAUCGACCCCGACCUUCACGCAGCGCGAGCGCGAGCUCAUCGUGCUCGCCGUCGCCAGCGUGACAAGGGCAGAGUACGUCAUGUACGCGCACCGCCGCAUCGCGGCCAGUGUGGGGCUCGCAGGCGAAACCAUCGAGAGCGCGCUUGCACGGUUCUCAUGGAUGGAGAUGAUGGACCUCACGCCCCGCGAGAAGAACGUGUACCGCAUCGCGUCUGAGAUGGCGGGGGACUGGGGCCGCGUGGGCGACGACACGUGGGCUGCUGUCGUGGUCAAGGAUAAGCCCAAGGCUAAGGGACAGGAGGGCUGGCUGGAGCGCGAGUUCAUCGAUGUCGAUGCCGUGACUGUGGAGACUGGUGAUGAGAGGCUGACGAGAGGCGAGGUUGCGAUGCUCGCGCAGGUGCUGGCCAGUACGAUGUUCGUUAGUGUGUUAGUGAAUUGUGCGGACUUGGACAUCGGGAGCGAGCAGGAGAUUGUUAGGCAGCCUUGA